GCAUUCGCUUGGACACCCGCGUGUCCUGUACGAGCCCUACGCUAACUACCUGGACUACCACCAGGUCCUCUACGCCCACCUUUGUGUCGGCGAGCCGGAGCUCUACGAGGAGUACGCAGAACGAGCUUGGGACCUGUACUACGGGAGAGAAGGAAAUGAUGGACAGCAAGCCGCUUCACCAGUGCACCUGCGAGCGGGCCUUGGCGGCGUGGCCUAUGAGGCAGUGAGAAAACUGACCCACUCCGAGCUGAUGACCAAGGAUGCCCAAGGCAAGCCGAUGGAAAAGGGGAUGAAGCUCCUUCUGACUACCUUGAAGGAGAACAUCGGCCCAGAAAAACCGGUGAAGGUCAACGAGCUGUUCUUCGUCGCCUUCUACAGCCCGUCGGUUUGGCGAAUGCAGAGCGAGAGCAUGCAGCAGUACAUCGUGCGCCGCGAGCAGGACUUCAAGAGAUUGGAGGACGCCCUGACUGGGGCGACGGUGCCCACGAACCUGCGAGCGAUGAUGCUGUUGGCCUUCGGCGGACUCGAUGCCCGGGAACAGCUGAACGUUUUGUCUUCCGUGGGAAAUGAGUACGACCUGCAGAAGAUCUCCCACGCCUUGCGCAUCCAGUUCCCGGCCUGCUCUGGAAAGCCGGUGCACCGUAGGGACUACCUCGGCUGCACUAGGGCGAGCCCUACGCCGACUUCCCCUACGCGCACUCGGCAAAAAGGGGGAAAGGGUAAAGGGAAGCAGCGAGGCUAUGCGCUCGCCACCUAUGAGGACGCCGAGGACGAGAACGAGGAGGAUGCCUUCCUGGACGAGGAGGACCAGGAGCUCUAUGACGAGGCCCUGGCCGAAGGCGACUAUGAGGAGGAUCCCGCCGAGACCCUCGCCCAGGAGUACGACCUUGAGGACCCCGAGCUGGCCGAGGCCUUUGCAGUGUUGGCCAAGAAGAAGGGCAACCAAAGUACGGCGACUUCCCGCGAUGGGUCUCAGCAAACUUUUGGCUUCAAAGCCAAGGGCGAGAUGACAGUGGAUCAGAAGGCACGCGAGACACGAAAGAAUGCGGUCCGCUUUCUGAAAACUGUGACGCCAUGCACAUCGUGCGGCCAGCGCGGCCAUUGGUCUGGUGAUCCAGAGUGCCAGAACCGGAACAAGCCGGGGAAGGGACAAGGCCUUAAGAAAAAGCCCGUUCCCAAGAAACGCGGAGGACAUACCGCUAUGUACGUGGAGGCUCCUGCGGAACAUGCCGACGAGACGCCGGAGGAGCACGAGGCCUUCUUGACCUUCGGCGGCGUGAUCCCCGAGCUCCCCAACGGCCUGUUCAACAACCGGUUCGAGAUGGGGACAAGGAGCGGCGAGGGGCUGAUGGUGCUGAAGGACCACGACCUCUGCGAGCAUGCCGAGUACUUCGGCGGCAAUGAGAAGAGGUUCCACCGCUCCGCCAACGGCUUCACUCGGGCCAUCAUGUGCAAGGAGCCAGAGUGCGGAAAGGCGAUCAUUCAGGCCCACCGAAAGGACGCGGUCGAGCUUUGGAAGUUCUUGGUGCUGAUCGCUGUCGGGACCAAAUAUGGGAGAAAGGCCCGAUCCCGAGCACUAUUUCAGUAUGUUGGACGCCUGCGUUUCGAGGCGAAGGUGCUCGAGGACAAGAAGGAGGCUGGGGACGCAACGCACCAUGGGGGCAAGCCUGUCGCCACGAAGACCCAAGGCCCGAUGGGAUACCUGGCCCAUUCUGCCUCCUCAUCGUUUUCUGGUUGGUCGCUGGUCCAAGAGGCCGCCGGUAGCGAGGAACCAGCCCCAAUGGCCAGGAUUGUGCGCGGCAACCCCUCUGUACCAUCAAGGGUAUGGGUCUAUGGGGUAUGCAUCGCUCCAGACAUGCCACUGCCAGCCUUUCCGGUACUGGAGUUCUCCGACCAGGACAUCCUCGAGCCGCCCCCGGCCGACCAUGACUUGGUGGACGGUGAUUCUCCGUUCGCCGGGCGAACUUUUGACGAGACCGCCUCAUCGGCGGAGGGCGCUUUGUGGUGCACGCAGGUCAUGGCAUACGCUUUUGGCAACAACCCCAUGCGCCCGGAGAUUUACCGGUUCGGCUUCUACUUGUACGGCCGGCUCCGGCAGGUGAGGGUAGCAGCCCUGAGGAUGCAAGGCGGCGGUUCUGAAAGGGAAGGAAAGCGUGUCCAAAGACCCGGCGACAUGAUCACAACGCGCCAAAUCAAGGUCCCCGUCGCCACCGACCCCUCCAGACUCGACGUCGUUGCCGAGCACGAGUGCGACGUCAUGAUGACCAGCAACGGGGUCGAGGAAGAGAAGGAGGCCGCGCCGCCGGCGACGGACCUCCCGGAGAUUUUCGAGAACUUUGCCACCUCAGAGGCUGACCCUCCAGGCCUCGCUGUUCUUGACUCUGGGUGUACAAAAACAAUGCAUGGCGAAGUUUGGGCCAGCCGCUUCGAGGAGGAGCUGACCCGCCUUGGCCUCGCAUUUGAGGCCCUCGAUCGCCCUCAAGUCUUUCGAGGCGUUGGUGGACAGGCACCAGGGUCACUCCCUCUUCUGCUGUCCCGGCCCUUCAUGGAGACCUCGCGCGGCCACUUGGCGGUGAACCUCCUAGAGUUCAACAAGGCUACCCUCGACGACUUCAAGAAGAGCGAGGACGCACUCCAUGUUCUGGAGCCGAGCGGGCCAGGUGACCACACGCCUACCCCGAGCGAGGUGGACCAGGCCAACUUGGCCUACAACGACGUCCUGCAGCCAGGAGAAUCCCCAGGCGAAAGGGGAACCUUCGAGGAGGACCUCGACCUUUGGCGACAGGAUGUGCUAGGCUGGGAGAGAGAGACGGGCCGAGGAACAGACGACCGCCAUGGAGAGGUGAGCGAGGACGUCAACUACUUCGAGGAGAACGUCGCCCAGGAUCCCAUGCACUACAAGAAGGCGACGAACCGGAAGUUCAAGAAGAUAACCUCGCUCUCUGCAGCCGUGGAUGGUGACGACUUCAUGUUCAGGGUCGGUCUCCUCCUACUGUUCGUCUUGGCCGGCAUGGCCGUCGCUUCGACCCUCGACACAGAUGAGGACUACGUCAUGAACGCUGCGGGGAGGAGACAACUGAACCACGACAUGAAGGUCGAGGACCCCUACGUCACCUACAUCGUCCUCGACCCGCCCGUCAGUCAUUGCCCCUCUGGUCCAAUCAUAAGCCCCGGGAAGUUGAUCGAGGCGCAAAUUGACAAAAGGCCAGCUCUGGCCGUGAAGGUGAUCAAGGGCAGGAUGGCCAACAAGCGCCAUUUCAUCUUGGAAGUGCCUGGGCCGUGGCCAGAAGGAGAAGAACUUGAAGAACUAAACAGGAUGGUCGAGAAAGGCGAAGUUACACGUUUGGUCGUGCCCGGGCUAAGCCACAACACGGACAACAACCGAGCUUCGACCACAACAUUGGUGACCUCUCUCGUAUGUCUGGAGUCGCUGCUUGAGUCCGGGGACAUGCUCGAGGCCGCUACCGUGUCUGGAGACGUCCCGGGCCUGAACCGAGAGCCCGCCGGGCUCUACCCCUUGGUGUUGGAAGCGGUGACGCAACAAGCCCUCGUGGAGAUCACGGCAACGAAGGAAGCACAAGACGCACUUCCGGUGGAAACGGGCGGCAGGAAGAACCUCUAUCUUGACCGAACAGUACCAAGCACCGCCCGUCUACUUGCGCCCGUCGGGGACACCAAUGCCUCCCAUCUUCCCGUCGCCGCGGACGGUGACGAUCAGAGCCACCGGGCGAUCAUGGCAGGGCAGCUAGAUCCUGUCCUGAGCAUGACUGAACAGGUUCUUCGGGACCUCCACGUGAACUUCGGCCACCCAACGAACGUGACUCUCCAGAGAAUUCUCCGGAGGAAAAGGCCCAAGCCGGUGAGAUUGCCAACAAAGUACGAGUUCAACAACCACUUGAUGAUCGACGUUUUCUACUCCAAGGACAUUCGAGGGAUGCUCUACUCCUUCUUGAACAUCCUUUGCGAUGCCACGGGGUUUCAGGUUGUGUGCUGCCUGGGAGAAGCUCAAGGCCCUCCAGCAUCAAAGGUCGUGCUGCGCCAUUUCUUGACCUCGUGGAGCAGCUGGGCCGGGCUUCCAAACAGCCUUCAAGUCGACCGUGGAAAGGAGUAUCUCGCUCAUUUCUCGAGUUUCCUGAAGAACUUCGGAGUGGAACAGGAAGCCAUGCCCCUCGAAGCUCCCUUCAAAAUGGGAAAGGCCGAGAAGGCCGGAGGGCUAUGGAAGGAAAUAUUCGACAAGGUCGUCAUCGACAUGCAGCUUUCGGGGAUCGAUGACGUGGUCCUCGCAUCCACCAUCGUCACCCAAGUGAGGAACUCGUUUCCUAGAACCUCAGGCUAUGCUCCAAAUUCCUGGGUGCUCGGCAAGCCCGAGAUCAGACUACCGGGCAGCCUUCUCAUUGACCAGGAGGCCGAGCGAUUAGAGGUGCUCGAGACAGCAGAGGACCCUCAUUCAGCGAUGGCAAGGUCCCUCGGGAUUCGCGAAGCCGCUCGGGUGGCUCAGGUCCGCCUCGACACGGACAGCCGCGUCAGGAGAGCUCUUUUGCGGCAGAGCACACCAACGAGAGGGCCGUAUCCGGUCGGGUCCUACGUGUACUUCUUCAGGGCACAGGUGCCCCCCGGUGCUCAGAGGAAUUUCAGGUGGCACGGACCGGCAAGAGUCAUCGGCGUGGAGCUCCGAAACUCUACCCGACUGCAGGACCCCGAAGUGCCAACUAGCGGGGGCCAGCCACAUGCUUAUUGGUUGCGGUACGGGACGAACGUCGUCCUUGUUACUGGCGAGCAGCUGCGUUUUGCCUCGGAGGACGAGUUGCUGGCCGCCCACAUGGUUCGCCAGGAAGUGCUGGCUCCGCCUUACGCGAGAGGAGCCCGUGGCUUUGUGGACCUUCGGUACAUCCUUAUGCUACAACCAGAAGUGGCAAGAGUUCCCGGAACAGAGCUGGUUGUGGACGCAGCCCUUUUGCCACCCGUUCCCGAAGGUGAUCCUCAAGGGGAGUUGGAGGCGAUCGGCGAGACACUGCCCCGGGUCCAGGGAACAGGGCAAAACGAAAGGUGUCGACUAUGUCCAGCGAACCAGAACCACAACCUCCUCUACCUGCUAGAUGGCUACGCUCCCGUCCGGCCACAGAGUCGCCCACCUCGUUCUGAUGGUCCCUACUUCGCCGAGGAGGAUCACUGGGACCCCCCCUUCAUGACGACUUCGGUUCGGGAGUCACGACUGCGAAAGAUGAUUGGGGACGAAUCGAUCUACGAGACCGACACGGAAGACGAGAUUGAGGGCACCGACCUUGACGUGUUCAUUACCUCGGCGGACGUAUUCUUGACCGGCCGGGCAGUGCGAUCUGAAGUUAAGCUAAAGGACCUCACCGAGAAGGAUCGUGAGGCGUUCACCCAGUCAAUGGCCAAGGAAUGGAGUUCAUGGAUGAAGUUCAAUGCCGUGGAAAUCCUCACUCCGACCCAGAUCUCGAAGUUACCCACGGGCACGAAGAUCAUCGGCACACGUUGGGUUCAUACUGAUAAGAACCAGAAGCAAAGGUUGCUGGCCCUACACCUCUCGAAGAAGACCGGCAAGGACAAGGAGGCGGUGAUGAAAGAGUACCCUUUCUCCGCAAAGUCGCGCUUGGUCGUGCAGGGUCACCAAGAGGGGUGGGAGAUACUGGCCUGCGAUGCCUCCACAGCCUACCUGCAGUCCCAGGGCAUUAGUCGGCUUUUGGUGUUGCGACCACCCCGUCCACCACCUCCCGGAGUUUCCCCGGGAGACCUACUACGGGCCAAGGGGUCGAUCUACGGGACCCGAGAUGCCGGGAGAUCCUGGUGGCGAAAACUACACCAGACACUCAAGGGACAUUGUUGGAGAAUGUCACGGAUCGAGCCAGCGUUCUUCAUCCUGGCUGAGGGCCCCACCUUGCUUGGAGUACUGAUCACCCACGUCGACGACCUCUACGCAGCAGGGGAAGGAGAGAAGUUCCUUGGCACCAUUCACUCGAUGGAGAAGGAGCUCCACCUCACAAUCAAGAGAGGCGAGUUCCGGUUUUGUGGAAAAAAUGUAAAACAGGAUGACCAAAAGGUGUCGUUGAAUCAGAUGGACGCGAUCGAGGCAAUUGACUUUAUGCUGCUGCCCACCGAUCGACGCAAGAGUCCAUCGUCGCCUUUGACAGAGGCCGAGAAGACAGCCUUUCGUGGCCUCAUUGGUCAGUUUGGAUGGGUAGUUCGACAAACAAGACCUGACCUGAUGGUCAACGUUUCGAUCGCUGCCCAGUCAAUGGGGUGUCCCACUGUCAAGGACGUCGUCGAGCUGAACAAGGCCGUGAAACUGCUGAAGGACUCGUCUGAGGCUCCCUGGAACUUCGUGAAGCACAAGGACCUGACCCUCGACAGCGCUGCCGUGUUCUGCUUUGCCGACAGCUCCUUUGCCAACCUGGAAGGAUCGAAGUCCCAGUCCGGCUAUGUAGUGGGGUUCACCACCGAGGACAUCCUGCGAGGCGGGCCUGCGCCCAUCCACAUUGUGGAAGCGUAUUCCGGUAGUAUAAAAAGAGUCUGCAGAAGCACCUUGGCUGCAGAAGCGAACGGGUUCUUGGGUGGAGCAGAAGCCACGGAGUUUCUCCGUGCGCUCCUGAUGGAGAUAAAGCACCCCGACGUCAAGAUGAAAGACCUGGACGAGCUCUACCUCAAGAAAAAGACGCUGUGCUUCACCGACGCCAAGAGUUUGGAGCAGACCUUGAACAAGGACACCGGAGCCCCGCAGGAUAAACGAGUCCGCAUCCUGAUCGCCCAGAUUAAGGAGAUGAUCGGGGAGAACAACUAUGAAGACAACUCUCCCUCCUAUGCCUACUGGGUGGAUACGUCACAGAUGUUGGCCGACGUCUUGACGAAGCUGGGAUGCGACCGCGAUCCUCUCCUUCGAGCUCUAUGCGAAGGAGAAUGGCAGCUCCAGCCUUCCUCUGAAGCGCGAGACCGCAAGCUUGCCAUCCAGAUCGGGCGGCACGCUAGAAAAGAGAAGGCUCGGGCAAAGAGCGCCAUGUGA